UUUCCUUUCAAACACACCCACUUCUCUUUCUGCCUAAACCAAACUUUCCAUUUUCUCUAACAAAACAUUUCCAAAUGGAUUCACCAAAAGAAAUCAUUUUCCGAUCAAAACUCCCGGAUAUUUACAUACCAAAACAUUUACCGUUACAUUCAUAUUGUUUUGAAAACAUUUCAAAGUUCCUUGACCGGCCGUGCCUGAUUAAUGGCGCGACCGGCGAAGUACAUACCUACGCUGACGUGGAACUCACGUCGCGUAAGGUGGCUUCAGCUCUUCACCAACAAGGCAUAAGCAGAGGUGACGUAAUCAUGAUUUUGCUACCAAAUUCGCCAGAAUUCGUUUACUCUUUUAUGGGCGCCUCGUAUCUAGGCGCUAUCUCGACUAUGGCUAAUCCGUUUUUUACCGCAGCCGAGAUCAUUAAACAAGUAAAAGCAUCAAACUCUAAAAUCAUCAUAACUCAAUCCGCCCACAUCUCAAAAGUUAAAGAUUACGCUUCUGAUAAUUCAAUUAAACUCGUCUGCAUUGAUUCAGCUCCAGAAGGCUGCUUGCACUUCUCAGAGCUGACAUCAGCAGACGAGACAAAAUUACCUCAAAUAGAGGUAUCGUCUGAUGACGUAGUGGCACUCCCGUAUUCCUCAGGGACUACGGGACUGCCAAAAGGAGUCAUGUUGACUCACAAAGGGCUUGUGACAAGUGUUGCACAACAGGUUGAUGGUGAGAAUCCUAAUUUAUGGAUUCAUAGUGAAGACGUGUUGAUGUGUUCUUUACCUCUUUUUCAUAUAUACUCUCUAAACUCGAUCUUAUUAUGCGGGUUACGCGCGGGAGCUGCUAUUCUUAUAAUGGCGAAAUUCGAUAUAGUCCUGUUUUUACAACUAAUUGAGAAAUAUAAAGUGACAAUUGGGCCGUUUGUACCGCCGAUUGUGCUUACAAUUGCAAACAAUGAAGAGUUGGUGGAUAAAUAUGAUCUAUCUUCGAUAAGAACGGUCAUGUCCGGUGCGGCGCCUUUGGGGAAAGAUCUUGAAGAUACGGUUAGGAUGAAAUUCCCGAAUGCUAAGCUUGGACAGGGUUACGGUAUGACCGAAGCCGGACCAGUACUAGCUAUGUGCUUAGCCUUCGCCAAGGUGCCUUUUGACAUCAAGUCGGGAGCAUGUGGAACGGUGGUUCGUAAUGCUGAGAUGAAGAUCGUUGAUCCUGAUUCCGGUGCCUCCCUUCCAAGAAAUCAACGAGGCGAGAUUUGCAUUCGUGGUGAUCAAAUCAUGAAAGGUUAUCUUAAUGAUCCAGAGGCAACUAAGAGAACAAUAGACUCAGAAGGUUGGCUACACACAGGCGAUAUAGGUUUGAUUGAUGACGAUGAUGAGCUAUUCAUUGUUGAUCGGCUCAAAGAGCUGAUCAAAUACAAAGGAUUCCAAGUAGCACCCGCCGAGCUUGAAGCAUUGUUACUAACUCAUCCCGACAUUUCUGAUGCGGCAGUUGUCCCUAUGGUAAAUGAAGCAGCCGGAGAAGUUCCAGUUGCUUUUGUCGUGAAAACCAACGGCUCAACUGUGACCGAGGACGAGAUCAAGCAAUUUGUAUCCAAACAGGUGGUAUUCUACAAGAGAAUAAAUCGCGUGUUUUUUAGUGACACAAUUCCAAAAUCACCAUCAGGGAAAAUUCUUCGCAAAGACUUGAGAGCAAAGCUAGCAGCCGGUGUUCCCAGUUAAGUGUUUUGUAUACAUUAUUAAUCGAAUCAAGGAUUUGAUAUUUGCCGAAGACUUUGUUUUGUUGUUGUGUCAAUAUCAGAAUGUUGUCUGUAUAUUAGCUCUUUUUGAAGAUAUUUAUUCUAAAUAAGACAUCAUUUAUUUGAGCCA